AUGGAGACGGUUGAGAGCUUGAUUCCCCCUCGUGACACAGGGGACAGUGAUCCGGAAUGGGAGAAGCCGGAUGAUGAUGUGGCUUUGGCCCGUGCUACCCUGGCACACAAUCUUUCUGCCCAUGAGGAUGAGACGGUGAAUUCCACCCUGACCUCCUUCACGACUUUGGAGGUGGACGAAACUGCCUUGGACCUGCGGCUCCAGGAAAUGGAUGCGGCCAUGGCACGUUUGUUGACCAAGGGCAGCGAGAAGGUGGUUGUCAAGGAGGAAAGUCAGCUGCCAAGCGACAUGGCUGCUGAGGCGGCCCACCAUGAGGACAGCCCAGCUGCAGCCAUGGACACGGACCCUGUCGGCUCCCACAUGGAGACCACUACCGAGAUGGACACCUCGGGCCCUGAGGUGCCAACCCCAGGUGACUUUGUCCCUGAGGGGGGUGCCUCAGACGGUCCCAGAAGAAGUGACGAUUCGUCUAAGACAAGACCAUACUCGGCCCUGCCCGCCGGCACCUUGGAGGAGAAGGUCUUCCGCAUCGAGGGCUUCCCGGAGGACUUCCCGGGCAUCGGCAAAAAGAGUGCAGAUCUGGCACAGCAGCUGACCCAGGAGGAGAUCGCCUCAUUGUUCUCCAAGCUCAGGACGGAGAACUGGACACGCCCUGCCGUCGAAAGGGUAUUGGAGGUAUAUCAGAUCUACAAGAGACAGCUGGCCCAGGAAAAGAUGCUGGCUGCCCCUUACAAUCGUGCUCGCAGGGGGGUGGGACACAGCAGCAUGGGCCAGCUGGACCCUGGCAGCACAGGAGCUUCCCUCAUGUGCCCCAACUGCUUUGCAGAUUGGCAGCGGCUGGACAACAAGGGCCCGCCCUCUGCAGAGAUCAAGCUGGGCUCGACCUCCUGGCGAAUGUUUUGUGGGCCCCAGGGUGUGACCUGGUACACGGAUGCAGACGAGGCCCAGAAGGAGGCUGCCUCAGUGGAUAUUGGUUCGUGGGCCCAGCCCCCGCCCAGACCUACGGAUCAGAAGGAGCUCAGCUUUGCCGACCAGGUGCCAAUGGCCCUGAGGCUUAGCUUGGCUCACACGGUGCAGUUUUCUCACAAGGAGGCUGGUGAUCGCCCCCACCUCCGGGACGACUGGCAGCCGAGCCAGGAGACCAGGGCCUUCCACCCCCAGCUGGCGGCGGCGAUGGAUAUCACGAAGAAGAGCUCGGGCCCGGUGGAUAAGGACAGCAAGAAGCUCACGGAGGAGCAGUUUCUGGAUCACAUCAACCCUCAGCUGGACGUGAUCGUUGAGAUGCAGGCGGGCGCGCAGAGCGUCGAGGAGGCAAAGGGCGCGUCAAUCCUCCGCCAGUUGGACACAGAGAAGUUGCGCUCCCUCCUCAAGCGUAACUAUCUCCAAGGCCCGGGAAACCAGGGAGAGGAGUUCAUUACGGCGCAAGCCACCUUGGAGGAGGCCAAGGCCUCCAACAAGCGCAUGCAGGAGGAGGGAGCCCAGCGCUCCAAGCUCCUCAGGCCUGUGGCCGACUCCAUUGAUACCUGGGGUACUCAGCUGCGCGCGGCCCUGGAGAUGAACGUGUUCAAUCCGGAUAGCCCGCUCAAGGACAUGGAGCUUGACGACAUCGAGGCCAUGAAAGACCGGUACAUGAACACGACGUUCCUGCUGAACCAGAGCAGGAACCCUUUCCCGGCCUCCUUGCUGCAAGAGCUCCCCAGCCUGGCCGCGCUCCAGCGUGAGGGUGAGCGGGUCGCCCGGGACUCAGGCGGGGGGCUGUCUUCAACAGGUGCCUUUGGCCCUGAGGAGCAGUCCCCUGAGGCACUUCUGGGAGUGGCCGUUGGCUCGGUUGAGUUUCAGAUCAUGCGCCUCAAACGCAUCAUUGAGCUGCACAUGGGGGAGCAGCGAAUGAUCGGGGGCCGAUGGAAGAAGGUGCAAGGACCGCUCGAUGCCCCGACGUGGGCAAAGCCUCUCCCUGAAGGGGAAAAGCUCAUGUUGGAGAUGAGGACACAUCCCUGCUCCUUCAAGCAGCCAUUCUUCGAGCCGAUUGCCCUCACCAAAGAGGAGAUUGACGCACAGGUGGCAAUGGGCACGAGGCCCCCCCUGGACAAGAUCAUCGGACCCUUCCAUGCCGAGGGGGAUGGUGGCACCCACUGGCAAAAGGAAGUGCAGACGUGGGACCUGGUGAGCUUCUUCUCCUGCUUCGGCCACACCUACUCGGCCAGACACCUGUAUGCGGUGUGGAGCCACUUGCCGAUCACAAUCCAGCCCCGCAAGCGGGGGGCCAAGAACAAACAGCAGAACCUGCAACGUCGAGACGACCAUCGUAUGCUGAUGAAGGAGGCCAAAGAGUUUGUGAUCCUGCACGACCUUCCGGUUCCUACGACAAACCAGGAGUGGAAGCAGCUCUAUCGCGAAAUGGGGUCCUUUUUCGCCGCCAAGGUCUUCAUAAACCGCACACCGCAGGUGGUUUUGGACCUCCCGGUGGCAGACAUCCACGACUCCAAGCAGCACAUGCGACUGCGAGCCGUAUGUGAUGAACGGAUCACCCUGCCCCUGAAGGCCUUCAAGGAUUUCCCGGAGAUUUACAACUCGCUCUCCCACUCUCUGGGCCAGGAGUCGAUGGUGGAGGUAAAGAUGGCGUGGCGCUGCAACACAGUGCAGUGGUGGACAGCCCGCCUCAAGCCCGAGUACGCCGGCCCCAUCUACUGCAAGCUUGGCGACCAUCACCCCGGACAACGUCUCGAACGUGGCCUCGGACGACUACAAGAAGAAGAACGUGGGGGAUAA